AUUACUAAUGAAUUAAGACGAGUGUCGCAAUAUCACAAAAAUCUCAAUACUGUGUACUGUUACUGGUAAAAGACAUUCUUAUAAAAGAUGGAAAACAAGAUUGCUAUUGUUACCGGAUCCAAUAAGGGUAUUGGAUUUGAAAUUGUUAAGGAAUUAUGUAAACGGGGUGUUGGUGUUGUAUAUCUUACUGCCAGAGACAUUCAACGUGGUCAAAAAGCUGUACAAGAGCUAAAUACAGAAGGCUGUUUCCCUAAAUUUCAUCAACUCGAAGUGAAUAAUAAAGAAAGUAUGAAAAACUUUGCCGAUUAUUUAAAGAAAAACUACGGUGGAAUAGACAUUUUAAUCAAUAAUGCUGGUGUAAUUAAUGAAGAUUUUUAUAAAACUACGUAUGAAGAUUCAAAAUACAUUAUUGAUAUUAAUUAUAAUGGUAUAUUGUUAAGUGAAGAAUAUAUUUACCCUAUCAUAAAAGAUAAUGGCCGAAUUAUAAAUAUUUCAAGUGAUUGUGGACAUAUAUCAAACUUAAGGAAUAGGUAUUGGAUUGAACGACUUACCAAGGAUAAUUUAAAACGUGACGAUAUCAAUGAUUUUCUCAAUUGGUUCCUGCAGUCAGUGAAAAAUAAUACUAUUGAUUACAAUGACUUUGUAGAAGACAGAAUUCUUUCAUACAGAAUUUCUAAAAUUGCAGUUUGUGCGUUAACAAGAAUUCAACAGAAAGAAAUAGGAAAAAAUAUAUCAAUUAACUCUUUACAUCCUGGGUUCAUAAAAACUAACAUGACUAAAGGCUGCGGUAAUUUUACUUUGGAUGAAGCAGCUGACACACCUGUUUAUUUGGCUCUGGAUAUUGAACAAUCGGUCAAAGGCAAAUAUUUUUGGUUUGAUAAAACUGAACAAGAUUGGACAGACCCAAACCUUAAGUUGUACUGUGAUUUUGAUUCAAUUGAAAGUCAAUUGAAGGGAACCAAAUAAUUCAAAUAUUUACAUAAUAUAUACUACAAAAUAUUUACAUAAUAAUACAUAAUAUAUAAAGAUAGCAAUAGGUUUUAAAUGCAAAACGUAAUAGGUGCAAUAGAAUAAAUAUAACUUAAAUCACAUUUUUUCGCAGAAUAAACGCUUCUUUACAAUGAAUGUUCAGAAAACGAAAUUGGCUGUCCUGUGAGCGGAAUAGAUUGGUGCACUUAGAAAAGUAGAUGCAAGGUCUUUUAGAUUCUAUUUCAAAGGCUUAGAUAGUAUAUUAGCGUAUCACAUUUGAAAAUGGUCAAGUUUAUAGUUGCGAAUGCAUAAUGGUCUGUAACUAAGCGGGUCGUUUCAGAGUGAUUGUAUAAAUUCUAGAAUUUGGUCAAGAAAUAGUA